GUGUUACGGAGCGAUGCGCUGGUCUUCUUUAACUCCUCCCUCAACGACCCCGAGGACACUCAGGAGUUCCUGGCUCAGAGGGCCUGGGCGGAGCUCGACGGACUGGGCAUGCUCUGUAGCCCUGCCGCCCACUCCCUGCUCUGUCAUCUCUCCUUCCAGGACUGCAACCCUUCUGACCUGGGACCUUCUCCUAAACCAGUCUGCAGGUAACCCCUCUGACCUGGGACCUGCUCAUAAACCAGUCUGCAGGUAACCCUUCUGACCUGGGACCUGCUCCUAAACCAGUCUGCAGGUAACCCCUCUGACCUGGGACCUGCUUUUAAACCAGUCUGCAGGUAACCCCUCUGACCUGGGACCUGCUCAUAAACCAGUCUGCAGGUAACCCCUCUGACCUGGGACCUGCUUUUAAACCAGUCUGCAGGCAACUCUGCUGGAAUUGUAUAUUUGAGAUUGUGUCUUAGACAGCAUGCUCAUUCAAUAACUUUGCAGUAGAAAUGCAUUGCAGUGUAAAUGCUAGAUGAUCUAGGAAAGUCAUUAUUGUAUAGCCCAUGUAGAACACACAGAUGGGUGUUGGCUUUGGCUUUGGGAUUGUCUGUUCCAUGUUGUCAGGGUUGGAUACAGUGUGUUGUCUUCCAUGUAUGAUUACGGCAAACAUUGGAUGAUUUUUCUCUAGCACAGUAAUGUAAAAAAUGGUACAGUCCAGGGCCUAUGUAAAACGGCAGGUAGCUUAGUGGUUAAGAGCGUUGUGCCAGUAACCGAAAGGUCGCUGGUUCUAAUCCCCGAGCCGACUAGGUGAAAAAUCUGUCGAUGUGCCCUUGAGCAAGGCACUUAACCCUAAUUGCUCCUGUAAGUCGCUCUGGAUAAGAGCGUCUGCUAAAUGACUUAAAUGUAAAACACAGAUAUGGGUUUUGGGUUUGGGAUCUUCUGGCCACAGCCAAUAAUGACAGUGUUGGAUGCCGUUUCUCUACUGUGUCACUCCAGGGAGCACUGUCUGGCGGUGAAGGAGCUCUACUGUCAUAGGGAGUGGCUCCUGAUGGUAGGGAACUCCCAUGAAGCCCUGCACUCCACUGGCUCCUCCGGCCUCUCUAUCCCCAUGCCCGACUGCAUGGCCCUGCCCUCACUGCACACACAGCCAGGAGCCUGCACACCCCUACCCUUCGUCGGUAAGAGACUCUGAAACCAUGAUGUGUCUCAAAUGGCACCCUAUUCCCUAUAUAGUGCACUACGUUUGACCAGAGCUCUAUGGGCCCUAACCUUAGAUCUUUGGGCCAUUGUCAAAAGUAGUACACUGACCACAAAAAAAAAAAAUACUGCAGUUUACUGUAGAAUAUUAUAGUACUUACUAUAGAAUUCGGAGUCACUCACCACCUUCCGGAGACAUUUGAAACCCCACCUCUUUAAGGAAUACCUGGGAUAGGAUAAAGUAAUCCUUCUACCCCUCCCUUACCCCAACCCCCGCCCCCCCCCCCCCCCCCCCCCAAAAAAAAAAUAUAUAUAUAUAUAUAAAAAAAAUACGAAAAAAUAAAAAUAAAAAUACACAUUGUAAAGUGGUUAUCCCACUGGCUAUAAGGUGAAUGCACCAAUUUGUAAGUCGCUCUGGAUAAGAGCGUCUGCUAAAUGACGUAAAUGUAAAUGUAAUUAUAUAGUAAACUGUAUUAUACUGUAGAAUACUAUACUACAUGCUGUAGUAUCCCUCAAUCAUGUGUAGUACUUGCUAUAAAAUGUGGUAGUAUACUGUAGAAUACUAUAGUAAAUACUACAGUAUACUGCAGAUCGCAAAAAACUACAGUAAUUACUAUAAUAUACUACAGUGUUUAAUGUACGUAUACCCCACCCAUUCCCCGCCCUCACAUCCCUAUUUGUGCCAUCCAUGAGCGAGAAACCGACAUGCCAAGUAUAGACUAUGCAUUGUGUUCUGUACGUAUACCCCACCCAUCCCUAUUUGUGCCAUCCAUGAGCGAGAAACCGACAUGCCAAGUAUAUACUAUGCAUUGUGUUCUGUACGUAUACCCCACCCAUCCCUAUUUGUGCCUUCCAUGAGAAACCGACAUGCCAAGUAUAGAAUAUGCAUUGUGUUCCCUACAGGCUAUAGAAAACAGCAGCAGCUCUGAACUACCCAUUCAGACCUCAGUCCUACCUACCUGCAUGUUAUGGAAAAUGUGCUCUUUGAGUAUUUUGUCCAACAAAAACACUAGUAAAUACUACAGUAAAAGUAUAGUAUUGUUAGACUAGCUAUAGUAAACUAUGGAUGUUUACCAGCUACUAUGGUUUAUAUCUUGUUCUAGUACUAAUUUAUUCUCUAAUACUAAUUUAUUCUCUAACACUUAUGAUUUGUCUCAAACGCUCUUUGUGUUUUAGAUAUAAAGAAAGAUCAAGUCACAAGUAAGUCUAGUUUCAGGUCUUGUAUCUGAGUUCUAAGAAUUGUAUAAUAUAAAUAUAUAUAUAAUGUAUAAAAAAAAAAAAACAUUAUUUACAAUAUUACAUUUCUAUCUUGCAGUCUAAUACUGAUGAUUUGUCUGAACAGCAACGUGUUACAAUGACAAAGGAAGGUUCUACCAAGGACCAGUCAACAUCACCAGCUCUGGUAUCC